UGUUAUAAUUGUUAUAAUAUUUUAAGGUUUAAAUGGUAUCAAGUGGUACUGUGCAUGUGUGUCACAACUCCGUUUUAGGAAAAAACACCCAGUUCAUAAAGCACCUCCCCGUUUGGCACUAACUUCCUGUUUCAACACGUCAAAGUUUUGCAAGACUCGUUGGACGAGCCCUGAGUGAAAGGCGAGUUUAGCAGCAGCAGGGUGUGUUCGUUUCUCCUUCAAACAUGGCUCAAUCCUUUGAAAAAGCAGCAGAGGAGGUGAAGGUACUGAAACAGAAGCCAGACCAAGCAGAGAUGACUGUGCUGUAUGGUUUAUAUAAGCAAGCCACUAUUGGUGACGUCAACAUUGCACGUCCAGGGAUGUUUGACUUCACUGGAAAAGCAAAAUGGGACGCAUGGGAGGCAAAGAAAGGUAUGUCCAACGAUGAAGCAAAGGCCGCCUAUGUAGAUUUAGUGGAGACGCUAAAGACGAAAUAUGGGAUCUAGCCUCUAUUAGCCUCUAUAUCACACAGUAUGCAAAGAUAUUAUGCCCAGUGUCAUAUCUCCCACUUUUAACUACAAAUAGAUGCUAAGAACUGACUGUACAGCAUGUGCUACUACACUGUAUUCUACAUUGGACCUAAAUUAAUUAAGUAUUUGCGUGCUAAAUGAAGCAUGUGGGAUAAAGUUUAGAAACUUGUAUCAUACUAAGAAAAAGACGGUCUAACUCUGAAUAAACUGCAUCUGCUUUGAAUAUUC